GAAUAAGGAACUCCUGGGAGCAGCCGUAGGGAGUCAAUCCGCAAUGCCCGGAUCUAGCAAUAGGUGCUUGAAAUCAAAACGGAACUGAAACAGUUUUUUUGGUCACCUGUACAAUCCGUGUCUGCGAACAAUUAAACCACACGGAAGUGCUCGGGUUAAGGAAUCAGGUAUAUAGUACUAGUGUUCUCGUUUGCUGUGGGCUGCAGAACAUAGCAGUGGAUUCUCUUCUGAACUGCAGUCAACCUAACGCUAUGUGCAAGUCCGCUGAUUGCCAAAUGAAGUUUUUCGACAGUGCAGAUUUAGAAAUCGCUCUAAAGCAGUGGAACGACCUGAAAAUGAAGUUUAGUUGUACAUCAAGAGAAUUGGCCGCUAAAAAAGCGGAUAGCCAAGCCGCAGAGCUCUCGAAUAUCUUAAGGCCGAAGGACAAUGAUGGUGAUAUAGGAAAGAAAUUAUUGUCCCGGAGUAGAGUUCAACAGUUUGCAAGAAAUGCCUUUGGUUCAGCGAAAGCAAGUAUUUCCCCCGAAACUAGAGGAGUUGUUGAGCCGUUGGAAGGAAAGAGUGAGCCUCAUAAAAAUGUUCCUGAUCACUUAACUCUGUUGCAGCUUUUGGCUCUUAAUGCUCUAGAUUUAACAGCUCCUGCAAGUAAUGUUCUACUAAAGAAUAGAAUCAACAAUUGGGUUCAACUGUCAGGUCAUGAAGGUUCUUUUGCUCCUGCUGGGCCAGGAACGAUAUGGAAGAAAAGUUCUCCCGAUAGGGUUGAAAUAGAAGCUUAUAAAAAAUUGAUGAAAGACCCACUUUCUUCAAUGGUGCCACAUUUUUAUAAAGAUGUUGAAUACAAUAGCGAAUAUUUUAUUGAAAUGCAAGAUCUCUUACAUAACUUUAAAAACCCUGCAGUUAUGGAUAUUAAAAUGGGAACACGAACUUUCUUGGAGUCUGAAGUUGAAAAUGCCAAAGCUAGGAGUGAUCUGUAUGAAAAAAUGUUAAAAGUUGACCCCACUGCUCCUACUGCUGAAGAACUAGAAACCAAAGCUAUAACCAAACUUAGGUAUAUGCAAUUCAGAGAAAAUCUGAGCUCCUCAGCAGAACUGGGCUUUCGAAUUGAGGGUUUCAAAGUGCAUGGUGAAGAACCAACAAAAGACCUUAAAUGUUUAAAGUCAAGAGAUGAGAUCUGUAGGACAAUGAAGCAAUUCUUAAAUGGGAGUGAAAAAGUGCGGUUAUUGUUGAUUGCCAGACUUGAAAAUCUGAAAGCCAAAUUAGAAAAAUCCACAUUCUUUAGGCAUCAUGAGGUUAUUGGCAGUAGUAUACUCAUAAUACACGAUGGCAAGAAAGCUGGUGCUUGGAUGAUAGAUUUUGCAAAAACAUUACCACUCCCAGAGGGUGUCACGACAGAUCACAGAUCUAAAUGGUGCAAUGGCAAUCAUGAAGAUGGCUACCUAACUGGUCUAGAUAACUUAAUACAUGUCCUGAAACAGUGUGGAAAAUCAAGGAGCAAGAGUAAAUCAUAGGAAAAAAUUCCAUUGUUACAUUUAUUUGGGAAUUUAAAGCUUACAGUGGCACGAUUCCUGAAUUUUGUAUCGUCGUUUGUAGUUCAUUUGAGCAAAAAUGCAGGCAGUUUUUAGCAAAUACCUGCAUUGAAUUAAGUUCCUACUUUUUUCCUUUUCUAGUUUUAUACCAAUACAGCAAGCUAAAUACGUUGUAUUGUUGGCUUUCAUUGAUGUUUUCUAGUUGAAAAUUUUUACAUACGUUCAAUAGCAUACGUUCAAUUCAUUUCAAAAGUGAUUGCUCUCAAAAUCUAAUAAAUUCUAUUUGUUCUUAAAUCAUCAAAACUCAGGACUCACUCCUCCUCUUCAUCAAAUACAAGUGCCAAAAAGUCGCAUCAAGUACAAAAUUGAAAUCCAAUUUGUAAAGUAUUUACAAAGCAAAAUUAGUUUCGAUUUAUUUCGAAAAUGUCUUGUACAAUAGAAGCAAUACUACUUUUCAGUAUUAUACUUGUUUCAAUUUAGCUUUAAAAUAAUUGCUGUAAAUACAUGCCUUUUUAAAUUUUAAGCUGUUUAAAAAUAAUUGGACUCCUCAGACUUGAGGCAAUCUUUGUUAAUAUGUUGUAUGUAAAUAUGUUGUAGCUUAUUUAUUUUGAUUAUGUAUUAAAAUAUUCUUG